AAGCAAAUGGUUUAAAGAACUGCCAUGGGAAGAAAAAAUGCGGCGUGCACAUGAUCAAGGAACGCUUGUCUUGCUUGAGAAUUUGGACCCAUCUUACACAUCAACAGAGGUGGAGGACAUAAUUUGGCAUGCCUUCAAGGAAAAUUGCUCAGCAAAGAUGGUUCCACAACUUUUUUUUUCUUCACCACACUCUGGUCAAGCUUAUGUUAUAUUCAAAACAAGAGAAGCGGCAGAGAUGGUUGUUACAAAAUUAGAUAAGGGGUGCUUAUUGCUAUCAAAUGGGAGGCCUCUUUUGGGCUGCUUUCGAACUCCUUGCUUUACGGGAAAGCAGUCGACAUUCUUUGGCCAUCUUGUUAUUGAUAAACUUAAACUUCAGAUGCAACGGGAAAUGAGAGAAGCUGUGUCCACUUCACAUUGUUCUCAGCCUAACACACUGGAAUAUGAUAUGGCCAUGGAGUGGUCCUUGCAACAAGAAAGAUCAGACUAUGCUUGGAGAAAGUUGCAUGAGCAACAAGGUCGGGAGCUGAGAAAACUCAAGGCCAAGUUCAAGCCCAAGCGUAAAUGACCAGUGUGCUUUUUCAUUUCCUCUUCUUCG